GUUUACCUCACACAACUCCAUGGCGGUUUCUGUGCUCACUCCUAUAACAUUUUUUGCAUUUUAAUGUUGUGACGAAGUUUCGUUUUGCUGAAUGUUUGAGGAACUCGCCUGGAUGACAUUUACCUCAUGUUCUAGUCGACAUCAAAACCAAUAACAUGGGCCGACAUUUAUCAUUGUCUUUAGACUGUUUUUUUGUGCCUACAAAAGAAGACGGAAAAUGCCCACAGUUAGGCCAAACAAUGUUCCAGCCAGCAAGAAGGCCCCAAGAUCCAGAGACAAGAAAAAUAGCCCAGAGGAGUCCACAGGUAGAUAAAGUAGAAGAACUCCGAAUUGAGCAACUUGAUAAACCAGACUCUCUUUCAUUGCAACCAUCUUUAUCCAAGCGGGGAACCAUUAUUGUUGGAGACAAUGGCACAUCAAGUAAUCAUCCAUUUGACAGUGGAGAUGGUAUGGAGUCAUGUACAGGGGACAGAACAGACUUGGGCAAGAAUUCUAAGCAAGAGUUAAAGACAGAUGGCAAUGGCCUGAGACACAGAACAGAUGUGAACUUUGAGACCACCCCUCGAGCCCUGAAUCAGUACAUAACUAAAUUUGAUGAGGCCAUGAAGCUUAGGAACCAACUCACUAGUGACAAGCCUGCUCCUGAAAAUGGGAAUGGAGUGGAGGAAAUGGACUCUUUCCGCAUUUUUAGGCUUGCCGGGAGUGCUCUGCUGGCUUUGACUGUUAGACUAUUUGUGUGCAAGUAUCUGUCAAUAUUUGCUCCGUUCCUUACAUUACAACUUGCAUUCAUGGGAUUAUCCAAGUAUUUUCCAAAGGGUGAAAAGAAGACUAAAACAACUGUCCUUACUGCAGCUCUUCUUUUGUCUGGAAUCCCAUCUGAGGUGAUAAGUCGCUCGUUGGAUACAUACAGCAAGAUGGUGGAUGUUUUUACUGACCUCUGUGUUUACUUCUUUACCUUUAUCUUCUGUCAUGAAGUAUUUAUUUUUUUGGGCUAUGAAGAUCCAUAAUUCCAUAAUUAUUCAUUUUUUCCACAAAAGAAACUGUCUUUUUGUCCAGGAUGAUUUAUUCUUCUACAUUCUAAAUACAUUAUCAUCAUUAACAUAGCUGGGGAAUUAGCAGUAUCCCUAAUAAUUGUUGCCUAAUGUACAUUUACCUUGUAUCUCAAAGUUUUAUUUGUUUUUGUUUUAAAUAUCAGUUUGUAUAGUAACUGGAAAGUAUCUUCAGAAUAUCAUAUCAACAAAAAACAAAGAAUGUACCAACCCAAUGACUACAAUAAAUAGGAUGUGUCAACAU